GUCUUUUUGACUGCCUCUGUUGCAUUGAGAUCUUCUUAUUUGUGCUGAUAAUUUCUCGAUAAAAUACACAUCUGUGGAUAAGCAAGAUGAAAACAUUCAUCUGGGUGUGUGCAGCAUUGAUGGCAAUCUUUGUUACAGGUGAAUCCCUAACCUGUAACACGUGCAGAGUGGCGAUCGCAGGAAAAUGUCUGUUCAGCUCCACUGAGACCUGCAAUGCCUCUCAGCCUAACUGCUACUGGGGAAAACUGGCCUUCAACAUUAGUAGUCUGAUGAGCCUGGAGACCCGAGGCUGCCUGGUCUCAUCACUCUGCAACAAAACUGAAACGGGAGCCCUCCUGACUGCAGGUUACACCAUCACCAAGACUUGCUGCAGCACUCACCGCUGUAAUGGAGCCACAUCAAUACAGCACCCUCUCGUGGCUGCUUUGGGCACCGCCCUAAUGGCAAUGUGGAGCAUCUGAGGCCUU